UUCCAGGUAAAUGAACUUGCUGGAUAUACUGCUCGCGUUUCAAGAAUGAUAACAGUGUUCGAAGAAGUAAGUCAAGGAAAAUAUCAGCGCACUCUUACUGCUUCUGCUAAAAGACCUGGGAAAAAAUCUAUAUCAAGAGUCAGAGGAUUGACAUUCAAAGAUGGAAUGCCCGAAAUUAAAGGAUGUGUUAUUGAAAGAGAUGGUAUUUUAAGGCUUGAUAAUGUUCCCAUUAUUACACCAAACUGUGAUGUUGUUGUUCCUAGUAUUUCAUUUUCAAUGACAUGCGAUAUGCACGUAUUAAUAACUGGCCCUAAUGGAUGUGGAAAAAGUUCCUUGUUUCGAAUAUUACGUGGACUCUGGCCUGUUUAUAGUGGGAGAUUAGAAAGACCUCCCAUAAAUCAAAUGUUCUAUAUUCCACAAAGAGAGGAAGUUCUCUGCAAGUUAAAAGAGGUUUGCAGGGCAGCCACUUUGUGCCAGCCUAAGGAGGAUCUGUGGCCACCGAGCAGUAUUGAAUGCAUUUUGAAGAUUGAGACUAAUCCUGAAGACAUACUUAUUGUGUUCAAGCAGCUGCUGUAUAUUGUUAGAUGGAAUGUUACUGGAGAUUGGAAAGAUAUUUUAUCUGGUGGAGAAAAGCAAAGAAUGGGGAUGGCACGAUUAUUUUAUCACAAACCACAGUUUGCAUUACUGGAUGAAUGUACCAGUGCUGUGUCUAUAGAUGUUGAAAGUCAAAUCUAUCAAGCAGCUAAAGAUCAGGGAAUAUCACUGCUAACUAUUACUCACAGACCUUCUCUUUGGAAAUUUCACUCACAUCUACUUCAAUUUGAUGGAGAAGGAGGCUGGCGAAUGGAACCACUAGACUCAUCAACUAGACUUUCACUUAGAGAAGAGAAAGAGCAGUUAGAGGCCCAAUUAACGGGAGUACCAUUAAUGGAACGAAGAUUACGAGAACUCUGUUCUGUACUGGGAGAAGACUCAGUUGUUUUAAUAGAUAGACUUUCAAAUAGAACUUUAUCAAAUUCAAAAGAUGAUGGUUCUGCUGCCAGUGAUAUAUCUGAUACAAAUGUAGGGAAUUUAUCUGAUUAAUUAUGAAAUUUUUUUAUUAAAAACCAAAAUAAUUUCUGGUAUUUUAAUAUAUGAUAAAUUUAAAUAUGAAAUAUUUCAUUUAUAUAAUACACAAUAUUAUCAUUUUAAAAAGUGAUUUUAAUGAACUUUGUUUAUGUUUUGGUAUGAUUAUAUAGAGUUUAUAUUGAGUUAAUGAUUAAUGAUAUGUACAAAGUAAUAAAUUAUUUAAAUGAUAAGGUACGUAAAUAAAAAUUUGAUGAUUGCUAGGAAAUAAAGGUAUUUAUAUAUAAUUGCAAUAUACAUAUGAAUAUGCAAUGUGUAGCUCUAUUUUAUUGGGCUUUUACUGUAAUUUAUGUGUAACUUUGUUAUAUUGAUAACAAUUUUUAAUUAAGGGAUAAUUAAUGUAAUAAUGAUUAAAUAAAAUUUUUAAUAUAUUAUUAUAUAAUGUAAAAUUUAGUUAUGGCAUUGUCAGUUUUGAUAUUAAUAUUUAUGUUCAUAUUUUAAAUAUAUUACUUAAAAAUUGUAAUGAUAUGCUUUUUGUUCUUUUAAAAAGUCAAUUCUUAGAGUUUUUUUCUCUUCUGAAAAAUGCUGUUUAGAAUAAGAAUGCAGAUUUGAUGUGGAUUAGCAGAAUUAGGAUGUGGCAUGGUUAUGUAGACUCUCGUUUACCCAUAAUGAGUAGAGAAAAAUCCUAGAUAGUGAAGUUACCAGUUAAUCUUCUAUCUGUAUAAAUUAGUAAUCACUUUACAAAUGCACCCAUUUUAUUUUAUUCAAUUAAAGUUGAGCAAGUUAAAUAAAAAAUGUUACUCUUUUGCCAGACAUUUUAGCCAGUUCAUUUACAACAUUUUGAUUUAUGCAACUUCUAUUUCUAAAAUUGGAGUUGCAAAUGAUUGUUCUGCAGUCUUAUCCAGAAUAUUUUUAUUUUUUCAGAUUGCUUCACAUGGGUGGUUAUUUGUAUCAUUUCACCUUUUAAUCCAGAAUUUACACAUUAAUGAAUUUAGACGCAUCAAUAUCAAUAUCAUUGGAUACCAUUUCUUUGUGAGGUAAACUAACUCCUUCCUUUAUGAAUUUUGUUGGGGUUUCAUUUGAAACAUCAACAUUGAGUAUUGGAUUGGAUAAAAUUAUUAUUUUAUGACUGAUUCAUGAAAAUUUGUUUAACUUCUUUGAUCUUUAAGAAUGUACUGAAUGUACUGUAUUUAAUGUAUCUUAAGCAGUCGUCAUCAGAUCUUGAACUUGAUGAUGACCAUUUAAGAUGGUGAUAAAACUUCAUUCACUAAAUCCUGCUGGAUUGUGAGGGUUUUAUGAUUUAUAUUAUCUGUAGAAAGUAUACAAGAUUCAUACUUUUAGAUAUCAUUGUAAGAAAGAUUUAUUUUGAUCAUUUAAAGUAGGUUAGAGCAAUCUACUUUCAUCUAGAAGCAUACGUUUUAAUAACUACAUUGUAAUAGCCUGUUUAUUUAAGAGAUGAUAAUCUCAUCAAAUGAGCAUUGAAUAAUUGAAGGUCUACUGUAUUAGAAUAGUUAAAAUUUCUAAUUUUUCUCACAAAAAUUAUUUCAUAAAUGAAAUAUUAUGUAACUAUGUUUAAAUAUUGUAAUAAGUAAUAUGUAGAUACUAUAAUAAUUAUAGACACAAAAAAUAAUAUAUAUGUAAAUUUAUAAAUGUUUUAAUAAUAUAUUAUUGUGAUUUUACACUUUAUGUAAAGCAAAACCAGAUCUAACAGAUGUAAUCUGUAUAAUAAUUAAAUAUAAAAUGAAGAAAUUUCUUCCUGAAAUGUAGACAUAAUUCAUCAAAUGUUGAAAAUUAAUCCAUUUUUGAAAUUUUAUACAGAAUCAUUAGUUUAUAUUACCUAAACAUAAAUAGAAACUUUUCUAGUAAAAAAAAAAAUGUUUAAUUAAUAUGGCAUUAUGUAAGUAUUGUAUUUAUUAAAUCAGAACUUAAGUUUUAACAUUUAUCAUUAGAAAAUACUCAGUUUUAUUGUAACACAGUUGAAUCUUUUUAAUUUGAACACCAGACUAAAUCCAAAUUGUUUACUUUUGAAAACUACAAUACUAUUCUGCAAAUUUAGUGCAGUGUUUUUCAACCUGUGGGUUGCGACCCCCAGGGGGGUCACGGGUAGAAGAAAAAGA